GCGACCCUACAAGGAAUUUUUGUACACCCGGGAGUCAUUGAUGCUGACUUUAUGGGACAGAUUUGUGCCCUGGUUUCUACUCCUUCCCCCCCUGUUACCAUCCCUGAGAAGACUCGCAUUGCUCAACUUGUGCCUUUUAAGUCCUGUGUUCCUAGGACUGCUGAUCGGACCCGUGGGGAUGGUGGCUUUGGAUCUACCGGAUUGCCCCAAGUCCUUUGGUCCGCCUGUAUCUCUACUCAGCGUCCUCAAAUGACGUGCACCCUGAGUCUGCCGACUGCCAGCCCGCCGCAAAUUCAGCUUCGAGGUCUCAUCGACACCGGGGCAGAUGUGACGAUCGUCUCCUUCUCUGCGUGGCCUCCGUCCUGGCCCUUGACUCCUAUGGGUUCGGCCAUUGAGGGACUGGGAGUGCCUGCGAUCAACAACGCUGAACCCGUGCAGAGGUAUCAAGGGAAGGUUUUGCCACAGGGCUGCAAGAACAGCCCGACUAUUUGUCAGUGGUAUGUGGCUCAGGCCUUAUCAGGAGUCCGUGAGCAGUUUCCUGAAGCUUAUUGUUAUCAUUACAUGGAUGACAUCCUGGUGGCAGCAUCCACCCAGGAUGAACUGCUGAGGAUACAGCCCCAGCUGUUCGGAGCUCUGCGUUCUCAUGGCCUGCAAGUAGCUCCGGAAAAGGUUCAGCAGCAUCCUCCUUGGAAAUAUCUAGGGGUCAAAAUCUUAGAUCGAACCAUUUGCCAUCAAGAGGUGCAAUUUGUGGAUUCUAUCAAAACUCUGAAUGAUGUCCAGAAAUUGAUGGGUAUCAUCACGUGGUUGCGUCCUUACUUAGGGCUGACCACGGCACAGUUGUCCCCAUUGUUCAAUCUUUUGAAGGGGGACCCUGAUCUGAACUCCCCUCGGGAGCUGACUCCUGAAGCGCAGCGAGCGCUGGAGGAUGUUCAACCGGCUGUUUCUGCUCGGCAGGUUUACCGCGUGGAUCCAUCCAUUGAUAUCACUGUUUUUAUUACUUGUCCAGAGUCUCAUCCUACAGGUAUCAUUGGCCAAUGGAGUGAACAAUGGUCUGAUCCUUUGCACAUUUUGGAAUGGAUUUUUCUGCCCCAUCAACCGAAAAAGACGGCGCCCACGAGUAGUCGGGUGCCGGUGCAGGGACCCACCGUCUUCACUGACGGUUCAGGAAGGACGGGAAAAGCCAUUGUUACAUGGAAGGAUGAGUCUGAGUGGCAAGUGCUGGAAGGCCAUGAGUCAGGCUCAGCCCAGUUAGUCGAACUAAGGGCUGCAACCAUGGCAUUCCAGCGGUUUUCUCAGUCCUCAGGCGAGGUGCACCUGCCCCGAGCGAAAGUCUGGGUGAAAGACCUAACCACCAACAAGUGGCAAGGCCCGUGUGAACUCAUCGCUUGGGGUCGCGGGUAUGCAUGCGUUUCCACAGACACCGGGGGGCCCAGCAGGAUGUGA